AUGUCACCAUCCCCUCAUGCUGCCACGUCUGCACACCAGCAACCUACAACCAUUUUGACCAAAAUUUUUAAAUUCCAGUUACAUUUUUAUAUAUAUACACAGAGAUUUCCAAGAAAUGAUUAGUUUAACAAGACUUGGAAAAGUUCAAAUCUCAAGAGCAUUGAGUUUUUUAUGUUGAAUCUUGCAGGCCAAGGAUUUUCAAGAACAUUACUUGUUCAUCAACCAAUCCAAAGCACUUCAAGAAUACAUCAGACUUCUACAAACUGCUUCUGUUUUUUUAUGAAUUUUAAGAACUGGUUUCUUCCUGUAAUCUAAAAAUGGAAACCAGAAGACCACCAAAUGUAUUGCAGAAUCAAUCCCUACAAGUUCAAGAAAUAAGAGUUUCAUCUUCAACUCCUAACAAGGUUCAAGAACCCAUCCGUCUGAACAAGCCUGCCGUGGGAUGGAGAAUUUUCAGGUGGCUUUCAAGCUUAAUUUUCAUUGUCCAUUUAUGUCUGGUAGCUGUGUUGGUGAUCUUUUUGACAGUUCGGGGACUUCAGGCGGCUUCUAAAACACAUCAUUUUCACCCAGAAAAGUGGUACCCUCCAUUGUUGGCUUCUACUGGAAGCUCUGGAAUCAUUGGCUUUUUAUGGCAGGCCUUCACCGGUUGUUCUCCUUCUAUGGCUUUGAAGACAGCCUUCUGGUUCAGCCCUGUUCUCUCACUCGCUUCUGGUGUUUUCUUUGUCAUUGUUGGAUCUCGUGGUGGUUUAGCAGCAGGAGUGAUUCUCAUAGUUUGUUCCUUGAUUUUGUCGGUAUAUGUCUGUUGGAUCAAUCACCGUUUGAAUUACGCGACUGAACUUCUAUCACUUUCUACUAAAUAUCCUCCGAAGAACACUUCAAUCUUUGUUUUUGGAUCAAUCAUCAUUGGCAUUCUUUAUGCAUCUUUCUUGGUCAUUGGCAUCGGUGGAGCAAUUGCUCUUAGGUCUGGUUUUACAGCAUUGUUCGUGGCAGCAAUACUGUUGAGCCUAAGCUGGAGUCUGCAGGUCAUCAAAAACAUAGUGCAAGUUACAAUCUCAUGCAUAAAGUACUUGAAUUUCGCAAAGGGUAGUGAAAAGGACAUACGAGCAGCUUUCCACGACACAAUAAAGAAUUCAGUUGGAACUAUUUGUCUUGGCUCAGCCAUCAUCCCCCUUAUUAGCUUCAUUCAGGGAUCUGCACGUUCCAUGAGGCUGGUGGCAGGAGACUCAGAUGAGUUCCUUUUCUCCUGUGCAAACUGCUGCUCGGGAAUGGCUUCAAUGCUGAGAAGCCAUGGAAACAGGUGGGGUUUCGUCCAUGUCGGGGUUUUCAAUAAAGGGAUUGUGCAGGCUUCCUAUGAUACCUGGGAGGCAUUCAAAAGGGCAGAGUUGGAAAUUGUUAUACAUUCUGAUCUCACCGUGUCCUUCUGCGUUCUCUGUGGGGUUUCAAGUGGUGCAAUCUGCAGCAUUAUAAGUGGGAUCUGGGCACUUGUAAUACACAAGAACUACGCAACAGAAUUAGCAAUCUGCGCCUUCCUAAUUGGCUAUUUUCUGUGUCGAAUAGCAAUGGCAUGGCCGCAAGCAUGUGUUUCUGCCUAUUAUGUGGCCUAUGCAGACAAUCCCCAGGAUCCUCGGUUUGGCUCCACCGUGCCGGAGCGGAUUCAAGCCCUUCAGUGGAGAUCGCAAGUUUAAUCAACCACAAAACUUGAAAACAAGUGAAGAAGCAGAUUUAGAUCAUUCCUCAAGUUCUAGUAAGAGACUGGCCUAAAAAAUAGAAGCCUUUCGUGGAGCCCACUGAAACAUAAAUGCCGGCUUUAUUCUUCUUUCUUCCCCCCUUCCCUACAAAUCUUGUUCUUUUGGCUUUCUUUAGCAGAAGUUAGAGAAAAAUUCAGGGUAGAUUUUUUGUUCAAACACAUAAUAAAGCUUCAAAGCUUCAUAACUACUAAAAAGAAUAAAAGAACAAUGAGAUAGAUGUAGUAAUUGUGAAAAAAAUUCCUUGUACUUCAUGUAUUCUGACAUCAUAGUUCAUACAUUCCAUAACUUUCUGUUA